AAUCCUCCCGAUUUUCCCACAAGCAGCCCUAUCGGGCCUUGUCCACGUGACCGCAUCGCCCGUAUUGGUCCCUCGACUCCUCCUUCCACACCAAUGGCGUUGCGACGAACCCCCGGAUUGGCCGCCAAAAGCGUCCUUAAUUCAGCUCGUUAAAUAUAAAUUGGAUAAAGUAAUAAUGUCAGAAGUCAGUUUGUCCAGAACUGUGUAGCCAAUUUGGUUCAUUAAGCAAUUGCCAAUCAAGAUUAAGUGAUUGUUUUGAUUUUCGAGAGUUAAUUGGGAAAAUGGAAGGUGCCCCUUUCGACGAAUCAUUUGAUUACAACAACCAGCCCUUGCCAAGUCUCAACUCCACGCUUUUGCAAAACAAAAACCAGGAGAAUUUGAACGUGCAUUCGAUACAAGUGAUGUUGGGGUUGCAACAGCAACACGAUAUGUUUGGAAACAUGGGCUCGCCCAUGGAAUAUAAAGGGUCGCCGCAGAAGUUGGAUGGUUCGCCCAUGCACCAGGAGCUGGGGAUGUUCCAAGGGAUGGAAGGCGGUGGGCAGAAGCGCAAGGAGGAGGUUUUGCUGCAGUCGCAGAGCUUGAGCUCCACGGAGAUUGGGAAUACGACCACCACGCAAAAGAAGAAUGAGAAGAAAAAGGGGGAUAACAACGGGGUCAAGAAGAAAAAGACAAGGACCACAUUCACCGCCUUCCAGCUCGAGGAGCUGGAACGUGCCUUCGAGCGCGCCCCAUACCCCGACGUGUUCGCCCGCGAGGAGUUGGCCCUCAAGCUCAGCCUCAGCGAGUCGCGGGUGCAGGUCUGGUUCCAGAACCGGCGCGCCAAGUGGCGCAAACGCGAGCCCCCACGCAAGACCGGCUACAUCAGCUCCAACACCCCCAGCUCCACCAUCUCCACCAACUUCAACACCACCAUCCCCUUCACCCAGACCAACACCCUCAACUCCUCCGCCCCCGUGGACACGUGGAGCUACCAGUCGACGUACGACCUGGGGCCGCACCUCAACCUCCUCAACUCCUCCUCCACCCCGUACUCGAACUUCGGCUCGCCGCAAAACGGCUAUUCGUACGUUUUGAAUUCGCACGAUUCGCAGCUGUUUGGCGCGCCGAUGCGCGCGCACGAGUACACGCCGCCGCUGGCCAAUCAGAGCCCGCCGCUCGGGCGGGAGUACUCCAUGCUUCAAACUCAUUCGCCGACGGGGGACAGCGACUCGAUUGGCGCCAAAAUCGAAUAUGUGAAUCACACGUUGAAUGCGUCGCCGGAACGGUACGCGAACAUGUCGCCGAAGUACGAGCCGAGUUACCACGAGGAUGGACGAAUGAAAGAGGUGAAGAAUGAACACGGGAAUCAGACUUAUGUGACCUUGCCCCCUUUUCUGAAUUAGCCAAAAUUGUAAAGAGACGGUUUUUUUAGAGUUUUGUACAGAUUUUUGUGUUCCUUUUUGAAAUUUUGGCUAAGGCAGGAUAGUUAUGUUGUACCUCACGUGUGUGCCAUUUUUAUCCAUUUCUAGACGUAUUCUCGUUGUAAUCUUGCCAUUGAGUAUUUUUAUAUUUACAAUAAAAAUGACAAACAAUU